AUGGUUGUAAAAGGCAAUUUAGGUCCUCCACUACCUGAAAAUGGGGUAGUUGUGUGCAGUACAAGAGACAAGGAUGGAAAUACAAAGAAUUGCACUGAAAAUCGCAAAGGAAAAGAGGUGGUGCAGGUGGGGCGAGUGGAGCGACAAAGAGGUGGUGCAGGUGGGGUUGAAAUUGGUGUAUCCAAAGAUGAUAGAUGGAUAGGUGUUAUGUUGUUUUGGCUUGUGUCGGUUUGGUCUAUGUUGGAUUGGGAUGGUAUAAAGGGUGGGUUAGAUUGCAAGCUAUGA